AUGAGCGGUAGUCGACUGGCACGUGGGCAUCAUCAAUGCAUUGACGAUGCACUGCAGCGUCGACGCCACCACACCAGAGAAGGCGCAUCUGAAGGGAACCACCGACACAAACUUGGGCAGCAUGGUGCUGGCCAGCGCAUAGUACGUUACAUCAAAUGCCGCCUUUCCCGCACCCGCCUACGCAGCCAGCAGCAUGAACACACCACCACCGCCGCUGCCUGUGAUAGUGCCGCGCUCCGGCAGCGUAACGACGACCAUGAGCUCCACCAUCAUUGGAAUAUGUGCCACAAACAAGGUGAGCCAGCCGUGAGAAUCACCGCACCCACAGUGUCAGCACGAGUGCACCCGCCAUAA